AUGUCUCUUCCUAGUUCUAGUAAAGUAUAUGGGAGAGACGAGGAGAAGAAACAGAUUAUUGAUAUUCUACUCAAUAAUACAUCUUCUAGUGUUACUGAUGCUAAAACACUAUCUGUUCUUCCCAUUGUUGGACUUGGGGGUCUGGGUAAAACAACACUUGCCCAAAUGGUCUUCAAUGACGAGGAGAUUGCUAACCAUUUCGAUACGAAAUUUUGGGUUUGUGUUUCUGAUGAAUUUGAUAUUAAGCUGGUCAUCAAAGCCAUCUUAGAAGAUAAGGCAGAAGCUUCCUUAGAAGAAUUGCAGAAAAAAGUUAGAGAUAAGUUGAGAGGGAGAAGAUAUUUGAUUGUAUUGGAUGAUGUUUGGAAUGAAGAGGUUAAGGCAUGGGAUGAUUUGAGAUCUAUUUUAGAUUGUGAAUCCAAUGGUGCGUUCGUUCUUACCACGACACGUAAAAGAAAUGUGGCGGAAAUCAUGGAAACUAUUCAACAUGUCACGUUAUCAUCGCUCUCCGAAGAUGAUUGUUGGUUAUUAUUCGAACAACGUGCAUUUGAGCACGAAAAACCAAAAACUCAAAACUUUAUUAAUAUUGGUAAAGAAAUAGCUCUAAAAUGUAAGGGUGUUCCCUUAGUUGCCAAGACAUUGGGAAGUCAAUUGAGGUUCAAUGGCGACGAAGAGGAAUGGUGCAGAAUAAGAGAUAGUGAGCUAUGGAAGAUUUCCGAAAAUGAAAAAUCUAUCAUGCCUAUUCUAAGCUAG